AACAUCCACGCCAUUUCACCUAGGAAGAACGGAGAAACGUCUGGGAACCUUCUGCUUGUCAAAACAUUUCUCAAGGAACGAUCCAUUUUUGAUAAUCGUCUAUUUUAGACUGUAUUGUAACCACUAAUACUAUUUUUUACCGUCUGGCUAAAUAGCUAGCCAGACAGCUUGUUUACCGUUUGUUUAGAAAACGUAAAGGCUAGUAGCCAUGGAUUUUUAAUUCAAGUAUGCGGCAGCACUAAGGCAUCGGCAUGCAUCUUGCAAGGCAAAACAGACUCCGUAAUUCCACCUUCACAACUGCUAAGCAGUUGGGCUCAAAUACCGUUCGCGGUAUAUCGGUGAGCCAACCUAUACCGCUUCUCCUUGACCGACGGAAGCUAAUAUUAGCCGGCUAAUUAGCCUAGCUGCUCAACCUUACAUUAAACCUCAUCAAAAUUCACUACCAAUACACUUGAACGUCAUCAUCAAUAUCAGUCAAAAUGAAACCUCAAGACAUCCUUGCUGGUAAGACUAGCUUAUGGAUCUUCGGUUAUGGGUCAUUGGUGUGGAAGCCUGACUUCAAAUACAAGAGAAGCAAGGUCGGCUACAUCCAAGGCUACAAGAGACGUUUCUGGCACGGAGACAACUUCCAUCGUGGAAAUGAUGAGCUGCCCGGAAGAGUGGUGACGCUCAUUGAAGAGGAAGACGCAUCCACUUGGGGUGUGGCCUUUGAGGUGACUGGCGCUCAGGUGGAGGAGUCACUCAAAUACCUCAAUGUUCGAGAGGCAGUGUGUGGCGGGUAUGUCACCAAAGCUGUGGAGUUUGUCCCUGAUGGAGAAAAUGAGGAGCCCGUCCAGGCUCUAGUGUAUAUCGCCACCCCCGACAACCCCCUCUACCUGGGGCCAGCCAGCCCUGAGGUGAUAGGGUCCCAGAUAGCCAUGUCCCAGGGCAAGACCGGCCACAACCUAGAGUACCUCCUCCGCCUGGCAGAGUUCAUGAGGAUGAGCUGCCCCCACGUUGAAGAUCAUCACCUGUUCUCCAUCGAGGCGGCCGCCAUGGUCCUAGUGCCAUACCUGUUAGGGGCUCAGUAAUCUGUACCCUUCUGUCUCUCUCUACUGGAAACCUCACUUGCCAUCACUCACUUGUUGAAACCAUAAAAUGAGGUUUAAUUGUC